AUGGCGGCCCCGUGGCUGCUGCUCGGCCUGGCCGCUCUGGCCGUGCCCAUCGAAGCCCCCGAGCCGCCGCCCGCCGCCCUCCGCGCCGGCCACGCCGCCUCCUCGCUGCCCGCCGCCGCCGCCGCCCCGCGCACCAGAUACCUUUUGUACGAUGUAAAUCCCCCUGAGGGGUUCAACCUCCGCAGAGAUGUCUACGUCCGAAUUGCUUCCCUUGUAAAGACCCUGCGGAAAAGUGAAAACUGGGUGUUAGUCCUGCCUCCCUGGGGGAGGCUUUAUCACUGGCAGAGCCCCGAUAUCCUUCAGGUCCGGAUCCCUUGGUCUGAGUUCUUUGAUGUCCCAAGCCUCAACAGGAACAUCCCUGUCAUUGAAUAUGAGCAGUUCCUUGCAGAGUCAGGUGGGCCCUUUAUUGAGCAGAUUUAUGUGCUACAAGGCUAUGCAGAAGGAUGGAAAGAAGGAACAUGGGAAGAAAAAAUCAAUGAAAGGCCAUGCAUUGAUCAGCUGAUGUACUCCAAGGACAAGCAUGACUACUACAGGGGCUGGUUCUGGGGCUACGAGGAAACACGAGGCCUGACCGUCUCCUGUUUGUCCGUCCAAGGAUCUGCUUCCAUCGUGGCUCCCAUCCUUCUGAAGAACACUUCAGCACAGUCAGUGAUGUUAGACAGAGCUGAAAACCUUCUUCAUGACCACUACGGAGGGAAAGAUUACUGGAAUACCCGUCGGAGCAUGGUGUUCGCUAAACACCUCCGUGUGGUGGGAGACGAGUUCAGGAGGAAGCACCUCCAGUCCACGGAUGAGGCAGACAGGACUCACUACAAGGAGGACUGGACACAGAUGAAGGUUAAGACGGGCACAGCUCUAGGUGGUCCGUACCUUGGGGUUCAUCUCAGAAGGAAAGACUUCAUCUGGGGUCACAGAGAAGAUGUGCCUUCCCUGCAGGGAGCAGUAAAGAAAAUCCGCAGCCUCUUGGAGACGCUUAAGCUCGAGAAAGUUUUUGUAGCCACUGAUGCUGUCGAGGAGGAGACUGAGUUGCUGAAGAAACUGCUGCCCGAGAUGGUGAGGUUUGAACCCUCCUGGGAGGAGCUGGAGCUCUAUAAGGAUGGGGGCUUGGCUGUCAUUGACCAGUGGAUUUGUGCACACGCGAGGUAUUUUAUAGGCACCUCAGUUUCAACAUUUUCCUUCCGAAUCCACGAGGAAAGGGAGAUCUUGGGAUUUGAUCCAAAAACAACUUACAACCGAUUUUGUGGUGAAACAGAGAAAAACUGUGAGCAGCCAACCCACUGGAAAAUUGUCUAUUAAAUACAAGAGAAAUACAA